AGCAGGCGGUGACCCGCCCCUUGGUUACCAUUGGCUGCAGGUGCUGGGAGGCUGGAAGCGACCUGUGCGUUGAUUGGGCGAUGGACGCUGGUCCGGAGACUCGGAGCCCGGUAGCAGCAGUAGUCAGUCAGUGUGUAAUCAGUGUACUGUAGCCUGGGGAAGAGACGCGAACUUUGCUGCGGCGAGAACACUGCGAUUUGUCGCUAUGGAGGACUCCCAGACCCCGCCGAAGAGGAUGUGCUACAGCCCGGUAUUUGACGAUAGUUUUGAGAAGAGGUCGAAGAAGCUGUCCAUUGAGGGGAACAUCGCUGCAGGGAAGUCCACUUUUGUUCGCAUUUUAGAAAAAGCGAGCAAUGAAUGGGAGGUUGUGCCCGAGCCAAUUGCAAAAUGGUGUAAUGUUCAAACCACCGAAGAUGAACAUGAGGAACUGUCCACCUCACAGAAGAGUGGGGGGAACCUCCUUCAGAUGUUGUACGACGACCCUAAAAGAUGGGCGUACACCUUCCAGACCUAUGCUUGCUUGAGCCGUGUCAAGGCGCAGCUAAAGCCAGUCUCUCCAAAACUCAGAGAAGCCGAACACCCCGUACAGUUCUUCGAACGAUCAGUAUACAGCGACAGGUACGUGUUUGCCUCAAGCUUGUUUGAAUCGGAGAACAUCAAUGAAACGGAGUGGGCUAUUUAUCAAGAUUGGCAUACCUGGCUCCUGAACCAAUUUGAGAGUGAUAUAGAGCUGGAUGGCAUUAUUUAUCUCAGGGCAACACCAGAGAAAUGCAUGGGGAGGUUACAUUCCCGAGGUCGGGAAGAAGAGCAAGGAAUUGAGCUUCAAUACUUGGAAAGCUUGCAUUAUAAACAUGAACAGUGGCUGUACGAAAGGACGACCAAAUUGGAUUUUGAAUCCCUCAAACAAACACCAAUUCUGGUUCUGGAUGUAAAUGAAGACUUCAAACAUGACAAGAUCAAGCAGGAGGCAUUGAUUGACAAAGUGAAGGACUUUCUCAUGUCGUUGUAGCCUUUGGUCUGGAUCUUAUUUUCUAUGUAAUACACUCUACCAAUGGACUUGCUGCGAGAUGAAACAUAUCAUUUCCCUCCAGUGUCUAAACUUUCAUGAAUUGUUUUGUAAAUGUCACAUGCGUAUGUGUCUGUGUACAGAUAGAUAUAUUCCAGUGCAGCACCCCACUAAAAGUGCCCUUGGUGCUGUUUUCAUUGUUGUAUUGAUUUUUUUUUUUUUUUAUUAUUAUUUAUAGCCAAGUUUGCUUGAUUUUAGCUUUGUAUAUAUCUGCGAUGAAUGAUUUUAUACUUGUGUUUUUUAUUUUUUUUCUGCCAACACACAAAGAAAACUAUAUAUUUUUAUUAAUGGAACGCCUUAAGGCUUAUAUUUGUGAAACAAAUGUACUUUCCAACUUCCAGAUGAGUGAUUACAGUAAGCAGUUUCCCACUGUGGGGAUCUGACUUACAGCUUGCCGUUCUCAUUACCUCUAUAUGGGCCACGUCACAGGACCAAUGUAUGUGAGUGGUUUCACGUAUUUACAGUAUUCACAUUGUGCGUCUCUGCAUUCUGCCACGGUAUGUAAUACUUUUAUAUCUUCUAAGAAGGUGGGGAAAUGCUGCUGCUUUUACCUUAUGUGAAAUAAAAACCUUUCCAUCUAAGAA